UGCCUCAAUAUAUAUUUCCAUAAUUUCUCCAUUGUGUGAGAGAAGGAGAAGUAAAGGUGAAGAAGAAGAGAUGGCUCCCCAUAUAUGGAUUAUCACUUCUGGUAUUCUAGGUAACAUUCUCUCUUUCAUGGUGUACCUCGCGCCUUUACCUACUUUUGUUCGAGUUUACAAAAAGAAAUCAACAGAGGGAUUUCAAUCUAUUCCAUAUGUUGUUGCACUAUUCAGCUCUGUGCUUUGGAUUUAUUAUGCUACCUUGAAGCCAAAUGCUUACCUUCUUCUCUCCAUUAACUCCGUUGGUUGUCUUGUGGAAACCAUUUACAUAGUCAUUUUCCUAAUUUAUGCCCCAAAGAAAGCAAGGAUUCUUACUUUGAAGUUGCUUUUACUGUUCAAUUUUGGAGGGUUUCUACCCAUUCUUCUUCUUACGCAUUUCCUCGCCGGAGGAUCUCUCCGGAUUCACAUCGUCGGCUGGUUUUGUGUAGGGUUGUCCGCCAGUGUGUUUGCAGCUCCUUUAAGCAUAAUGAGGUUGGUCAUACGCACAAAAAGUGUGGAGUUCAUGCCAAUUACUCUGUCAUUUUUCCUCACCUUGAGUGCUGUUAUGUGGUUGAUCUAUGGCAUACUCCUAAAAGACUUCUACAUUGCUGUUCCCAACAUACUUGGUGUUGCAUUUGGGAUUGUUCAAAUGAUACUCUAUGUCAUCUACAAGAAAUUCAAGAAGGACGAGGACGAGGACAAGGAGAAGCAAGUAUUGGAGCCUACAGGGGUACAGAAUGACAAUAAGCAGCAAAAUUUUGGUGCAAAUUGUGAAGUGGGGAAAGAUGUAAAUCAGCAUGAACAAGUAGAAACUAACAACAAUAAAAGCAUGGGAUCAAGUCAUGAAAUUCAACUCAGAGCGUCUGCUGUUUGAUAUACUUAAUUAGCGGUGUUGGUUGUUAGAGGGCAACAUGAGUGAAUAUUGGACACCGGCCUGGCCCUGGCUUUUAAGACUUCUUUUAUAUUUUUAGUGUUGAUUUCUGUAAAAACCGUGUGUGAGCUAGUCCAAGGGCAAUAAUGUUCAUGAAUAUUA